GACUGAUUUUUUGGCGGCUGUUCUAGGCCAUCGUACUUAUCUAGCAUCGGUUGAAUUGAUAUUAGUUAUUGAAUCAGUUAGCAUUGAAAUGGCGGAGCUGGUAGACGUACGAGACGACGAGGGGAAUUUCGGGAAAUAUAAAAAGUAUGAUGGCAGAUACUAUGUCAAACAUUUCGUUGGCAAUGUCAAAGAUCAUCUGGCUGCAAUAGACUCGAUGGACGUCAGAGAUGAUGACACUUUCAUUCUCUCGUAUCCAAAGUCAGGAACUCAUUGGGCAUUUACUCUUGCCAGCAUGCUUCGUACUGGAGAAACUGUCUACAAAGGAUCGCCGACAUUCUUAGACUUCACCGAUAAGGACACACUUGAUAAUCUCCCGUCCCCUAGAGUAUUUGCGAGUCACAUGACCUUCGACUUCAUGCCUAAACAAGUUAAGGAAGGGAAGGGCAAGGUCAUUGCAAUAUUUCGGAACCCAAAAGAUGUUCUCACAUCACUCCACACGUUCAUGAAAAAAUUAGAUGUAUUAAAAGAAGAUUACAAAAUGACAUGGAAAGGCCUUCUCAAUUUUCACAUGGAAGGAACAAUUUUCUACGGUUCCUGGUUUGAAUAUAUACAGUCUUGGGAUAAAGUGAAGAUAGAGCACACGGGAAAUAAUAUCAUGUAUCUCAUGUAUGAAGACAUGGUACAGGACCUGGGCUCGCACGUACAUAAGUUGGCGUUGUUUCUUGGAGACACUUACGGAUCAGACUUCGUGGACAAGGUUACUGCAAGAUGUACAUUUAGCAACAUGGCCGAAGAGGCCACGAGGACAUUCACACCAUCCGAACAGUGGAAGACCGUUACCACCACAAAAACACUCCCAAUCUACAGGAAAGGUGUGAUUGGUGACUGGAAAAAUUAUUUUACAGUGGCUCAAAAUGAACAUUUUGACAAAGUGUACAACGACAAAAUUAAAAGUUCUACAUUCAAAUUUCGAUUUGUAUAACAGAUUUAUAAUAUGUUUGAUAUACGUUGUAAGUCGAUAAUUUGUAAAAUACAUUAUCGUUUCCGUAUUAAAUGUUCUCAAUAAACAAACUUUGUAA